AUGGUGCUGGUGCUAUUCCAGCAGAUUGGCCGGGAGACUGUAUUCGCGGCGCCGUCGAGGCGCCACAACUUCAACACCCGUGGCUUCGCCCGGCGCUACAACCUCGGCGUGCCCGUCGCCGCCAUGUACUUCAACUGCCAGCGCCAGACCGGCUCCGGUGGCCCCAGGUUCACCGGGCCCUACACCAGCUGCCGCCGUGCGGGCUGA